GUAGCCCGCCUGGGGCGUGUUGACGCUGUCCCCGAUCCAGUAGGGUUGGAUGAAGAGCGCCAUGACCAGCACGGAGAAGCAGAUGGAUGACGGCGAGCUCUGCCUGAACAGUGCCCAGUGCAACAGCAAGUGCUGCCACCGGGAAGACGGGCUGAGCCUGGCCCGCUGCGCACCCAAGGCCCGCGAGAACAGCGAGUGCUCCGCCUUUACGCUCUAUGGGGUUUACUACAAGUGUCCCUGUGAGCGGGGCCUGACCUGCGACGUUGACAAGACCAUCGUGGGCUCCAUCACCAACACCAACUUCGGCGUCUGCCUUGAUCUCUGACGUGCCGCAGAGCGUGAAGAAGUCUGGAGAUGGAAAUGUUGGCAUGUGUUUGGGUGCUAGCUCCUCUCAGCAAACUCCUUCACCGGGGCUCCUAAC